CCGCGCGUCUCUCCUCUCUCUUUCUGCUCUUUCCCUCUCUACUUCCUCCUCUCUGUCUGCUCUGCUCUCUCCAUUAACUCUCCCCGUUCCCUCCACCCUCCUAUCUCAUCUCACCUCACCCGUAAUGCCUUUUUCGUCUUUCUCUCCCCUUCCCCACGUUCCCCUCGUUCAUUCUCUCUCCACUCUCCCCCACGUGAAUUUUUGCAUUAUCUCCACCCCCCACCCCCACAUCUCCCACCUCCACUCUUACCCGCUCUCGUUUGCUCUCCUCUCCCCCCCCCCCAUCUCUCUGCCUCUCCUCUCUCCCUCGCAUUAACCCCCCAGCCUCUGCUUGGAUGUUGAUAAAGGCUCGAGUCAUCGCGGCAGGGAACGGCCCUGCACCACCAUGGCACCGCGGGCUCGAGGCACUCAUGGACAAAGCGUGGCGAUGCCAAGGAGGAGGGCCUCGUCUAGCAGACAUCACGGAGGCCGGGGAGUGGCAAUCGACAAACGCGUACAUCUUGGGAGAUAAGAAGGGACACAUCUGGAAUAUUUCACGAGCAGGAGGCUUUCGCGACCAAUAUUAUUCAUACGAAUGGUGUUUGGGUUAGAUCGCGUAAGUGUAAAUGUUGUGUCGUAACCCUCCACCACCCGACACAGCCAGUAAUGUUUGUCACGUAAACAAAACGCGCCAAGGAGUGACUACUUCAGCCCGCCGAUGUGUUGGAGAGUAAACACACAACAUUUACAAUUCCCCACAUUGCUGCUAUUCUCAACACCGUGGCCGUGAUGCUUUCCAUUUCUUUAGCGCACUUUUUUAUUCAGAUAUUGGGAAGCCGCUUGGAGCUAUGGACUUUUACAUCUUAUAAGGUCGUGCUCAUUACACACAAAGUGCUUUACCACAAAUGAACCAUCACGUGAACUCCGGUCAUCCUCGCAGUAGAUUUUGGCUAAUCAUCGAACAAAGACGGUCACCGCUUUCAGCUGCACUUUGUUGCGGCCGUCUGGAACGCUCUUCAUUCCGAAAUAAUGGAGCCACUGAAGCUGUGCACUUUUAAAUCUAGAAUGAAAACUCAUUUAAUUAGAACUGCGUUUUGUGUUUAGUUUGUUGUCCUUCCCCCGCACUUCCGAUUACCACGUUGGCUAUGUACUGUGCGAAAGAAGUUCAACACGCGUACAUAAUAUGCAUUCAUUCAAAUCACAAGGGCUUGUCGGAAAGCGUGAUAGAAUGCAUGCAUUUCCUUAAAUGUUCGUCCUUGAUUUGCAUGAGGUUUAAAACACACUUACAUAUAGCCACGAUAUAUUGCUCUCCAAACACCCACUCAUGACCUUGACUGGUAAACAAAUUCCUAAUUUCGUAACCACACAUUUCUCUUCAUCUCACUAAGCCGAUUUGUGCCCAAAUAUCACGUGAUAUGCCUUGGGAAGUAUUUACUUUCGGCUAAAAAAAAAACCAGGGGAUUAACACAAUCCACUUGUCCACUGCAAUUACUCUCCCGUGCUGUGAGUGUGCGGCGAGUUCAGUCGCGGAGGGGUGAUUCUGAGUCUAAGCGCUGGCUGAGAGAGAGACGUGCUCGGUUGGACUGGGCUGUGGAUGACCUUUGCGUCGAAACGGAGGCCUCUUCGCGUCCCAGCUGCCUUGGCUGGGUCAUUGCAGCUCUCUGCAGUUUCGAGUCGGGUUGGCAGUGUCCCGGAGUUUUCUGGUUCUGGCUCCGCUGGCUCCGGGCUGCCUCUGAUAGCUGAGGAAGACUCCCAGCUCCACGUUGGCUUCAGCCGCUGCUCCACCUCCAGAUACUUUUACCUGGCUCCGGCUCCCGAGCUUUACAAAGUAAAACAAAAUCAUCCAUGCAUUUUCUUGACAGUCACAGCAUUAUCCCGAGGAAGUUUUUGUUAACAAAAAAAAGCACAUGUAAUUAUACAUCCACGGAUAACCGGAUGCCGCCCUUAGCCAGAAGAGAGCAGGCGGCAUGACGGAGCAAUCCGCUGCAGUCUCGUGCACCACCGCGACUCCUAGAGCGAGGAGUUAGCAAACGUUCCCAACUACUCCCGACGAUCCCACGUGAGUCGUCAGUUUCAUUGUCUGCGGACCAUCGCGCACCGCGUGCACUGCGCGGUGUGUACACAGUGGGGCGGCUGGUGACUUCCUCACUCAGAUUGAGCCGCGGAAACAAGAACCCUCGCCAAGAGAAUCCCAUCGCCACGUGCUCUCCGGGUCUCGAGAUGCGUGGCUGCCGUGCAGCGCCACGCGCAGCAGGUGGCACGCGUGUUGUAGCUGCCCUGGAGCGGUGGCGCCGUGGUUAGGGCACUGCGCCACGAAAUCGGCCUCCCGAGUUCGAUUCCCGCUCAUGAAUAAAAUCAGCGUCGAAUAUUUUAACCCGUCAUGGGCCUUCCGUAGGUCGACAAAGGCGGUCGGGCGUGGUGCUGGGCCACCCACCGCCUCUUAUGCCGUGCGGGCCUUCACGGGUGCUCGCUAACAGCACUUGCCCCAACAGUCUGGUCAGGCUAUACGGAGGUUUCUUUGCCUUUGUAGCUGCCCUGUCCUCUGGGUUUUGGCGUCGGUAGCCCUGCCUCUUGCUUCCUCUGCCUCCGUGUUCGUCUCUCUUGCUCCGUCGCUCUUCCGCGACUCCGUGGUGAGUUGUUGACUGCUGCUCGUGAGAUCUCAGACGGCAUCAGGCAACACCUCAAGGGCGAUGCUGCAGCUAAGGACGGGAGCCACUCUUUUGUACUCUCAACAGGAAACCAAAAAAAAUUGGUUUAAGAAGCUCGACUCCGCUGAUGAGCUGGCCUGCUGUAACGCACAUCGUGCUCUGAGGCAUGAGUCCACUUGACUCAAUUGGCUGUUGAAGGAGAAAAUAAUCAAUUAAGUAGACAUGGACGUUUGGAUAUUUCCCACAAAGCUCAUCAAUAGUGCUUGCUUCAUGAGUUUCUGUCGCAGCACGAGCAACUGUCGUAUACCCAUGGAGCAGCAUGGGAGGGCAGAAAGAUGUGGGAUGUGAUGGAUGGAGGAAAAAAAACCUAGAAACGUUGUCGGAGCAGCCUUUCCUCACAUACCCUUCGUGGCUGGCGAGAGCUACAGUGGAAUGCACGACCGACGAUACAUUUGUACCCCUUUACUUAUUCCGCUUUGCGUUUUGGCAUUUGCUAUUUUUUUCGUUUGUUUUGUUUUUUUGAUGCAGACGAUGACGACUCGAUGUACGUGUGAGGAAUGCCCUCCAAGCUGCUCGUUCGGGAACAGCUGUGGUGGCGAGGGCUUUUUGCUCCUCUUUCUCCUUCGCGACGUUUCACCUGCCACGUUUGGGGGCAUGCUGCCUGAGGCCGUCCUAGGGUCCCCGCGUCUCGUGAACGUCGUCUUUCAUCUCGAGGAAGAAUGUCGGCGCAACGCCUCUUCGCUGCCAUCGCACUGGCCCUGUCGUUGAUCUACGUGACACGAGCACAGGACAGCCCUGACCCGCCAGGGCAGGUGAAGGUGUCGGAAGGGGAGACGGCCAUCCUCAACUGUCGAUAUGACCCCAGUGUGAUCACCGACGAGUCAGAGGUCAAGUGGCACAUUCAACGGGACGCGGACAUUCCGGUGCCCUGCAACAACAACAACAACAAGUCGGCGCCGCUGGGCCGCUUCACGUGCCAGUGGCCAGCGUCGGAGGGCCACGCCUGGCUGUGUAUCGUGCGGGCGAGGCCGGAGGACGCCGGCCGCUACGCGUGCAGCGUGGCCCACGGGAACGACACCGCGGGCGCGUCGACCCCCGGCACCGUGGUCGACCUGCUCGUGGGAAGGAUCGCCGCCGCCGGCCCGGAUUCAAAAGCGCCGAUCAACAAAAUGACGACCGUUCUUGCGGCCGUCACUUCAACUCCCAAGAUGACAGCGCCGAGCAGCGGCCCCGACUUGAGCAACGCCACCUCCUCGUUCUCCUCCUCCUCCUCCUCCACCACCACCGCCGUGGAGAGCGGAGCAACCGCGGGAGUCGACCCAACCACGGUCGCGGCGGACAGACAAAUUGGCACGAAAGCGCUCGCCGCGACUGACGCCUCGGCGGCCCCGAGCGAGAGUCGAGCGACGUCGAUGGGCAGGGUGCUCCUGAAAUCGACAGCCACGCCGACCGGGGGGAAGACGGCACAGAAUGUGCAGGGGCCCAUUAUCGGCAUUUCCAUAGCGCUGAUGUGCGCCUUCGUGUUCGUUACCAUCGCCAUCUACUUUGUGACGACAAAAGUUUUGUCAAGAUGCACGGGCCGCUCGAGAAGCAUACGCUUGAAUCGCGCCGUAUGAGGUGAGCGAGGGAAGCAGAAGACCGGCGGAGUUAUGAGGAGGACGAUCGCACUCACACAACAACAACAACAACCGCCAUUCUCCACUAAGUGGCGGUGACGUCUCCACGACGCUUGUGCCAGGCCAUGUGCACCUUGAGGCCACGUGAAGUGUCGAACACCCGCUGGCAGGAG